AAGUGGUGGUGGCGUGAAGAGUGGGGGGAGCUCGACGUCGCAGAGCGAUUCGAAAGACGGUGUAGGCGCGUUCGGCGGAGCGAGGUUCAGUGUCGUUUCAGCCGCGGUUCCGUACGGUUGUUCGACUCUUGGUCAACGUGUUUCGAGUACGUAACAAUUACCGGUCAUUUUCUGGAAUACAAUCGUUCGUAUGCUGCACGUAUAUAAACAAAAAGUCAUCGUUAGCCAGGAUCGGCCGAAUCAGUGUCAACAAGUUUUCUUUUGUUUGUUUGUGGAAUCGAUACGAAGGGAAGGUUCACCAUGACAAUGGGCUAAACCGGUGAUUGUUACUCAGUUCUCGAGAACGUUAUAUUUGGAUCAAUGGAAUAAACGUGUUAAUGUGACGUAUUUCACACCGAAUGGGAUAUUCGUGAGGUGAAGAAUCUUUUGUUGCCUGUAAUCGUAAUUUGAGAGUACAACGGUGUUGGUAACGUAUAAGUGAUCGUGGGUUUUGUAAGAUGAGCCCGGCCUCCCAAGGCGGCGUGGAGGUGGAGCGAUACAUCGGUAGUUGUUUGAUAUCGUCAACCAUCAGGGCAGGGCCGCAUAAACCGAUCGUGGGCAGGAAACAGGAAGCUGUGAUUCGCGGGAAAACGCGAGGCUGUUACGGGAAUCAAAAUUUCGGAACCGAGCAAUGCCAGGUGCAAUAUGGGCCUGGUGGUUGGACGGGCGCUCCUUUGAUAUCGAUGACGUCCAGCCCGCGCAGGUGUAAUCAAAGAUCAUCACCGUCGCUCGGGCAACAGCAGCAACAGCCAUCCUCGUCGUCGUCGUCCUCGCAACAAUUGCAACCGCAGCAACAGCAGGCUUGCGAGCAGCAAGUAUCAGCUCACCUACACAAGAAUCCACUUUCUAGAUUAGCCAUUCACACGCAGGGAGCGCCGUUGAUCCUGGCCAAUCGGUUUCACAAUCGCGGCAAGAUACAUAACAACGGCAUUGCUAAUACGAUUUGUAAUAAUACAGGCGCGGUUAACAGUUACGUUCACAACAACGUGAAUAGCCUGAGCUGUACGAUGAACAACGCGGUCAGGUGUCCACCUUCAUCGCGGCCUCAAAGGCCGAUAGAACUUGCGAAGAAGCAACAAACGAAUCAGAAAUCGUCCGACUGCACCACGGCCAAAGACGCAACGGGGACGGGGAACAUUGCGAACAUCGACUCGCUGAGUAUCGCGAGCGAUGAAAGUUCGGGAUCGAAUAAUUCCGAGAACAGUUUGCCGCGUAUCAUUAAACCUCGAAAACGCAGGAAGAAAGACAGAAAACCGGCCAACAAUGCGAUCGCUUCUGUGGAAGUGGGGAAACACGAGGAGCAGCAGCAACAGCAGCAGCAGCAACAACAACAGUCGAAUUCGGCCGCGGUUACCGAACAAUCGAACUCCUCCUCCUCGGCCUCUUUGAAAUCGUACGUGCCGACUUGUUACGAGCAACGUUACGACGUCGCACCGCCUCACCUUAGAAACCACAGAAGGCCACCCAUAGGGAGGGAAAGCAGCGUGGUGUACGGUUGUCGAGUGCAAACAACAGAGAUAGACGCGAGGCAAAGGUAUCCACAUAGGCACGUGGAAGUGAAAGUGUUGGACGACAACAGGAACGUCGUGCCUGCGCAAUUGCGCGCCAUUCCGCCAAAGGGUUAUAGACAUAACGGUCAUCAUCAUCAUCACCACCACCACCACCACCACCACCACACGGGUGGUAACAACGUUCCGCGCUAUCUGCACGAGUAUAACGAUCUAACGGCGACGAGUUGCGAAGAUGGCGUCAACGAGGAAUUAGGGCCGUGUCAGUGUCGGUAUUGUGAUCCUUCGGCACUCAUAUGGGACGUGGAUCAGAACUGUUACUCGCCCUUCUUGACCCCGUCACCGUCGACCGAGUUCUGCCCCGGCCACUUUUCUCAGAUGCCGCUAUUCUUGUCCCGGCCGAGUCUCGGCUGUCAGGAGCAAAGCGUGGAGAGGCUUUUCAACGGUGAUAAUCCUCGAGCCCACGAAGAAAAGGACGGUGGUAGCACAGGUGUUGCGUUGAGGCGCAGCUGGAGCGAUCCGACCAGUUAUUUCAGCGAAGAAAUCAGCACGCCUAGCAAAGAUGUUGGCGUGAUCGGUGAUAGGGGACAGGCGGAGAGUGGGAAACGUCGAGCGUCGCUGUGGCGCGGCGAAUCUAUCGGUAUACCUGUGAAUAACAUUGGACUAACCGGUAUGGAUGUGAACGGUACCGUGCAAUCGCCUAAAGAGCUCGAGGUCUCCACGGAGAUCAUCACGUCGCCGAACGGGCACAGAGAUUUGGAGAUCAAAUUUUACUCGCCCUCGCCGAAUGCACCGAUGGCGGAAGAGGAGAAGAGCAUGUUCGAGAAAGAAGUGGACGAGGACGAGGAGGACUUCAGCGAUAUUUGGAGCUAUCACGAGUCGAAGCUGCAACAGGAUUUCCGCACGUUACUGCAAGCGGAAGAAUGAACGGGGAUGAUUCUCUUUCGAUGUGUCCGCUUGAAUGCAAUUCUUCGACAGAUUUGUGUGUGCGCGAGGGAAAGAGGAAGCAGUGGCGUGAAUAAAUAUAUACGUCAACGUGAGAGAGUGAGCGAGUGAGAAGGGCGGAGAGAGAGGGAAAAUUGUAAGUGCGAAAGAGCGAAAGAAAGAAAAGAAGGUGGCUCUGGAGAUUCAAUUAGUUCGUCGAUAGAGGGAACAAAGUUGAAAACGGACUUGCGUAGACGCGUGAGACAGACAGGGAUGGUCGCGUUUACAAUUUAACGAUCCGCGUUCCAAAAAUCAUCGGUUCUUUCGCUUCGACGUUUCGACGAGGCGUGUGAACGUGCGCGCGUGUGAUUCAAUACGACACACUCCCCUUCUUCCAUGCCUCUUUCUUCCUCCUCCUCCUCCUUGUCCCUCACAACUUGUCUUCACGAUGACGCCCUCGUUGCCUAGCGCACCUCGGUGAUUAACAAGUGUAACUGACGGUAACGAGCAAAACUACGUGUCGAACGAUUCUUCUUCCUAACGGUGUACGUUGUAUACACGUAGUAUACGUGACGUGCGUGCACUCGUGAAGCACGCACGAGAGUAGGUCUAAAGGAUUGUACCUUGACGUCGGGAAUACACGCGGUCUGCUUAUCGAUGACAACAUGCUACUAAUAAACGGUGGUUGGCUCGCGUCGUGAAGCGAAUCGACUUGAACGAUA